GCUCCUCAUGUUUUUCACGUGUCUGCAGGCAUCAUGGUGCGCAUGAACGUUCUCGCAGAUGCUCUGAAAAGCAUCAACAAUGCUGAGCAGCGUGGGAAACGCCAGGUCCUCAUCAGGCCCUGCUCCAAGGUUAUUGUGCGCUUCCUAACCGUCAUGAUGAAGCACGGUUACAUUGGUGAGUUUGAGAUCAUUGACGACCACAGAGCCGGAAAAAUUGUCGUCAAUCUCACAGGCAGGCUGAACAAGUGUGGUGUGAUCAGCCCCCGCUUUGAUCUCCAGCUCAAGGACCUGGAAAAGUGGCAGAACAACCUGCUGCCCUCAAGACAGUUUGGAUAUCUUGUGCUGACCACCUCAGCUGGCAUCAUGGACCACGAAGAAGCCAGACGGAAACACACAGGAGGCAAAAUCCUUGGAUUCUUUUUCUAAAAUGUAAAGAACUGCAAAUAAAAAACCCAGGUGAAA